AUGUCUCACAAGGAGAUGAAGGACGAGACCACCGUCACGGUGCCUCACGAUGAGGAGGUCGGCUCGACUCACGGCGAGGGCCAGCUCAAGCGCAACCUGAAGAACCGACACAUGCAGAUGAUUGCCAUUGGAGGUGCUAUCGGUGCUGGUCUGUUUGUCGGUUCUGGUGGUGCCCUCCACAAGGGUGGUCCCGCUGCGCUGGUAAUUGCUAACAAGUCUACAGGAUAUCUCAUUAUCGGAAUCAUGUUGCUGUGCACCAACUUGGCGCUCGCCGAGAUGGCCGUUCUAUACCCCGUCAACGGAGCCUUCUACACCUACAUCGUCCGCUUCGUCGAUCCCUCAUGGGGCUUCGCCUGUGGUUGGGAAUACGCCCUGUCUUGGCUCACGGUUCUUCCCUUUGAGCUGAUCGCUGCGUCCAAGACAAUCGAGUUCUGGCGCGACGAUAUCCACAUGGCUGUCUGGGUUACUGUCUUCCUUGUCGCCCUCACCAUCGUUCAGAUCUUUGGUGUUCGUGGUUACGGAGAGGUCGAAUUCGUUCUGUCUGCCAUCAAGAUCGCUGCUUGUUUGGGAUUCAUCAUUCUGGGUAUCAUCAUCAACUGCGGUGGUGUCGGCAACCAGGGAUACCUCGGAGUCAAGUACUGGCACAACCCCGGUGCCUUCACCGACUUCAAGGGUUUCUGUGCCGUCUUCGUCGUUGCUGCUUUUGCCUUUGGUGGUACUGAGAUGGUUGGUCUUGCUGCCGCUGAAACCGAUAACCCUCGCAAGUCUGUUCCCACUGCUUCCAAGCAGGUCUUCUGGCGUAUCGCUCUCUUCUACAUCGUCAACCUCUUCAUCCUCGGAACCAUUCUUCCUUAUGACGAUGAGCGUCUGCUUGGUGCGUCUGGUGCCAACACCAAGGCUUCACCUUUCGUUCUUGCCAUUCAGGAUGCCGGCAUCAAGGUCCUGCCCUCCAUCUUCAACGCCGUCAUCACCAUCUCGGUCUUGUCUGUCGCAAACACCUGUACCUUCGGAUCUACCCGUACCAUGCAGGCUAUGGCCAUGCGUGGCCAUGCCCCUAAGUUCCUGAACUACAUCGACAACAAGGGACGUCCCAUCUACUGUGUUAUCAUUCAGCUCGCUUUCGGUCUUUUGGCCUACAUCGGAGAGUCCCCCAAGGGCGGCACCAUUUUCGACUGGCUUCUUGCUCUUUCUGGUCUCGCCUUCCUCUUCGUCUGGGGCACUAUCUGCCUCGCUCACGCACGCAUGCGCUCUGGUUUCAAGGCUCAAGGAAUCAACAUGGACUUGGUUCCUUUCAAGACCCCCUUUGGUGUCUGGGGUAGCUACCUCGGUAUCUUCCUCAACGCCGUCGCUCUUCUUGCCACCUUCUACUCUUCUCUCUACGCUGCUGAUGGCUCCCCUCCUAACGCCGAGUCCUUCUUCAUGUCUUUCCUCGCUGGUCCCAUCAUUCUUGUUCUGUACCUUGGUUACAAGGUGUACUCUCGCGAUUGGAAGCUGUACGUCCGCGCUAUUGAUAUGGAUCUCCAGACUGGCAUCUCCCUGCUGGAUGAGCCUAUCCCUGAGGUCCCCAAGACCUGGGCCUCUCUGCCUAGACGCAUCCUCUCGGCUGUUAUCUAG